GAGGCGUGUGCAUUUCCUAAAUGCUCAAUGGCUGGGGGGCGGAGAGAUUUCAAUCAGAUCUGAAGGACCACGAUUUUUUAUUUAACGGCUUCUUUCUCGAGUGCCUGGAGAGUAGAUCCUGAAAGAAUAAGGGAACUCUGAACCAGGAGUCAUGGACGCCAAACCCAAGCUCUACUACUUCCAUGGCAGGGGCAAGAUGGAGUCGAUCCGCUGGCUGCUGGCUGCGGCCGGAGUGGAGUUUGAGGAAGAAUUUCUUGAGACGAGAGAACAAUAUGAGAAGUUGCGAAAGGAUGGACGCCUGCUUUUUGAGCAAGUGCCUUUGGUUGAAAUUGACGGCAUGCCGCUGACACAGACUAGAGCCAUCCUGAGCUACCUUGCUGCCAAGCACAACUUGUAUGGGAAAGACCUGAAAGAGAGAGUCAGGAUAGACAUGUACACUGACGGCACCCAGGACCUGAUGAUGAUGAUCGCCCACGCUGCAUUUAAACCCCCUCAGGAAAAAGAGGAGAACUAUGCUUUUAUAGUGAAGAGAGCUAAAACCCGUUACUUCCCUGUGUUUGAAAAGAUUUUAAAAGACCAUGGGGAGGCUUUUCUUGUUGGCAAUCAGCUCAGCUGGGCAGACUUACAGCUGCUAGAAGCUAUUUUGAUGGUGGAAGAGCUCAGCGCUCCCGUGCUCUCUGACUUCCCUCUGCUGCAGGCAUUUAAGACAAGAAUCAGCAACAUUCCUACAAUUAAGAAGUUCCUGCAGCCCGGAAGUCAGAGGAAGCCACCUCCAGACGACCACUACGUCGAGGUGGUCAGGAACGUCCUGAAAUUCUAGUGGCAGC